GCAUUUCAAGUUAUAAAAUUUAUUUGAUGAGUUUCUUCAAACUGACCUGGGUUCUAGUACUUUAUACAUUCCCUUGAAACUUGUGAAAUCGUCUUUGUAAUCUCCAGGAUACUAACGCCCGUUUUGAUAUUGAUGUUGAAACUAAAGAGGUCAAAAUAAUUUUUUGUUCAUUUAUUUUUAAAAACUCGUAUACCGUAUUUGUCAAUUUUGAAACAAUACCGGUCAGGUCAGGCAAUAAAAAAUCUUAGCAUUUUUCGAAAAACGCCCAAUUUUACCUUAGCAUUUGCACAAAAUUACGAAAUAUUUUGUCAGAUUAUAGAAAGGUAGUCAAAGUAAGAUAUUAUUUUGAGAAAUUUUCAAAACAACGCUAAUAAACGGUAAAAAACGAGAUGCGCGAAAUGGAUGCGCAGUAGCAAAGGUCCGCCGGUAGUACAAAAGUAUGACCCAACCUUAAACCUUGGCUUUCAAAUUGCGUUUUUUUUAAUCCAAAGUUUUGGAAGAAGAGUGUAAGAUAAUUGCAUGAUUCUUAAAGCUAGAGACGAAUUUCUACUCGUGCUACGGAACGUUUACUCGAUUAGCCAGCUAAUCAAACCUUGAUAAACGUCAAGCUUUAAAUGAUAAAUUCUUUAUCAUAGUAUUAAUUAUCACCCUAGAACCUUUUACUCUUGACAAACUUAUGCUGGAUCAGUCAACUUAUUGGAAGUCGUCGCCGGUGAUGUCAAUGGUGACAUGAGGAAUUGCCAAUCGAGAAGGUCAAAAUAUAAAACUCUAGAUUCCUUAUGUCUUUUUCUUCUCAAGUAACGAAUGUUUGAAUUUUACAACCUUAAUUUGUCACUGAUUUGAUAGUUUGGUAAAAUAUUUUGAAACUAAUUUGACUAUAGGCAAGUGACGCAAAGUGAUCGUAAGAUACCGAUUGAAAUUUUCAUGAUUAUUUGCAAUCUCCAUGCUUUAUCUUACCAAUAUCCUUGCGCAAGUAAUGAAUUUUUUUAAAGUAAUACCCCUAAAAGCAUAUCAAUCGUAGACCAUUUUAUAGUGUUAGUGAUCGAAGUGAUCUGAACGAUUAAAAGUGCUCAGUUUAUCAGAAGAUUAUGUGGCUGCAUUACUAAUUUUCACGGAAUAGCCAAUAAAAAAAUCCAAAACACCUGUCCUUUACUGCUUGCGCUUGGUAAAAAAUCGUUAGUCAAAUGUACUAUUACUGUUGUCGUGCGUGGUCAGUCGCUGGUCCUUCAGGACAUGAUAAAGCUAACUUCUUUUAUUCUAUAUAAACAUAGUUUGAUAUUUGUUAAUGAGCAGUUUAUUUAGGGCCAAAGAAUCGACUGAGGCGCUUUCAGAACGCGCUUUUUUACUUCUGGGAAACUGAUACAAAUGUUCAGAAACCUUCAGACCGUGCCAAGCUUAGCCUAAGCUUGCAAUAUUGACUUCAAUACAUUUAUCAUUUCAAGCUUCGGUGAGUCAGACAAGGCUGAGUCCAGAUUAUAUCAAGUUUACAGUUAAGAGCAAAGGAGAGUUGGUUGGCUUAUUUUGGUCCACUGUCGCACAGGCUGAUGUUUGUAAGCAGAACUCCAGUAGGAGCAAAACCGAAGCUUAACGAUGCAUUGGUGCAAUGGAGGAACUCAAGCCAUGGUACUCUUCGUGGUGGCCCUGUUCGCUCGCUACUCUUACGCCACACCAGACAACUCAUCAAAAUCAGCCAUCCCUUCUCAUUAUCAGAAUUAUUCGAGAUUAUUGAAGAAGCUUUUGGAAGAAGGAUACGACAGAAGAAUAAGACCAGGCGCUAAAGGCGUUCCAGUUAUCGUUAAGGUGGAUAUGUAUGUCUCAAACAUAUGGGCCAUAAAAGAAGUGAACAUGGACUUUACGAUUGAUAUUUAUCUACGUCAAUACUGGAACGAUGAACGACUACGACACAGUAGGAUAUCGGCGGAUUCGGUACUUACCCUCAGCAGUGACAUUAAUAAGCAGCUCUGGGUUCCAAGCACAUACUUCAUUGGGACCAAGAAGGCGUACUUCCAUGAUGUUACUACAGAUAAUUAUCUAUUACAAGUGCGACCCAAUGGAAAUAUAUUCUACGGUAUGAGGCUUACCAUAACAACAUCUUGUCAAAUGAAUCUAAGGGACUUCCCACAUGAUACUCAAGAAUGUACGCUCGCCUUAGAAAGCUAUGGGUACCAAACGACAGACGUGAUAUAUGAAUGGAACGACCGCAACGACAACACCUCAGCUAUUGUUUUGCACAACAAUCUAGAGUUGCCUCAAUUUGAAGUGAUCGAAGUGACUAAAUCCGUCAAAACUAACAUGUAUAAUAUAGGUAACCAUUCAUCGCUGAUUGCAGUAUUUAAAAUGAAGCGCAGGAUUGGAUAUUUUUUAAUUGACACUUACAUUCCCUCUACCAUCAUCGUCAUCAUUAGCUGGAUAUCGUUUUGGAUUGACCCUGAAACUGCUCCAGCUAGAGUAGCAUUAGGAAUCACCACAGUUUUAACCAUGACUACAUUAAUUUCAAGUGCCAGAGCGAAUCUCCCCAAAGUCAGCUAUGUUAAAGCCAUUGACUGGUACCUAUUGCUUUGUCUGAUCUUCGUUUUUGGCUCUAUCCUCGAGUACACCUGUAUUACUUUUGCGAUCUCCAAUAGAAAAAGAGCAAAGAAGAAAAUGGAGAUGAUUAGAGGAUCUAUAAAUCGUUCGUCAAAUAAAGAAACAAAACCAGAAAUUCAUUUUAGUGACACUGCACCGAUGUGUCCCAUCCACAGAAAAACAGGCGCAGCUAAAGUCAGUGUUAUGGCUCGCGUAUUUGGAGAAGAUACCCACGUAAAUGCAACAACUGGAUCCUGCAAUCAAAAUUAUGAAGGAGGUCUCUUAUUUCACUUUAAUCCCGCCCUCAUUGACAAUGCUUCUCGACUUUUGUUUCCCUUAUCGUUUGUUGGUUUUAAUGUUAUUUACUGGAUGGUAUAUGGUUCAUGAGAUACAACUACCGCAUGCACCGACGUAUCUCGUCUAUAAUUUCUUUUGAGAUAUUCUCAUUUCAUUUUUUAAAUAUUUGUUUUAUUCAUUUCAUGUCUCUUCUUAUCUAGGUUCGUAUAAUUUUUUUCUUUCUUUCUCAUUCCUUAAAUCUGUCGUAUCUAGAUCGCUUUUAGCUUCCUUUCCUUUAAUUUUCUUUUUUUAUCAUUUGAUGUCUAAUUAUAUGUUCAGUUAUUCACGUACCAACAUGCAUAGUUAAUGGCUGUCAUUGUUGCAACAAAUAGCAGCGUACUAUCAAAAUAGUUUCCACCUCAUAGACGCAGCAUCUGCAUGCCUCCCCUCAAACUGAAGGCAGUUGCUAUGAUUUACUACUUCUCUACUGAAUUGCUUUUGGCCAAGUACUGUACUGUACCAACAAAUCAGUAAAGUGUUGGACUAUGCUACCAACAAGUGCAAAAUGGAGUAACAAAAAAAUAGUACUUAGAGUUAAACUGUAAUAUGAUUAUUAUUCAAAAGAGAUUUUGUUAUGAAUAGGAAACGUAGUCAAAGCGAAUCAGGGACUCAGGGGCUGGAACCCCAGAUUCCAUAGCGUUAUCUUGUUUUAAUAUAUAACCACAUUUAAAUGUGGGUUUUCGUGCUUUACGCAUGGUUUACUGGCUAGGAAAGCCAUUUGAGAGUUAUUACUAGGUACAUUUUACUCUUGAAUUGUUUUCUGCGGUUGGAGGCCAAGGGAUAAAAAAACACACACAUUAAAGUGAUCAGAAGCCAAGCCUAUCCUUCCUCAUACAAAGAUCUUUCUUACUGCAAUGGCUAACUGUAACGUGGAAAGAGCGACUUAUUUUUGUAUAGUAUUUAUUAGCUAGAUUUAAGGAUGCUAGUCUUAAUCAUGCCCGCGAUUUUGUAGCAUCACUAUUGAGAAGAAAAAAAACAAGGUAUGCCGCCUAUAUCAAUGAAUUAUAGUUAUUUWAAAAAUCACUGUAGUAGUAGUGAUGAUAAUAAGCAUAAUAUUUUUCAUGAAGCUAAGUUUGCUUUUAUAAUGAGAGUGUUUUGAAUGUCAGAUGUUAUUUGGAAUAUCGCGCUAUUUUCUAGCAUAGUAAAUAAAGUGAUGAAAUGGGA